CUGUCAUACUGUGCAUGCUGUCAGCGGGUGAGACAUUAAUUUGAAGCCGAAAUGAAGGACCGUCUGGGCGAUUUAACAGCCCUCUGCCAUGACACCAUCAUCGCUCCUGUGGAGUCCAAUGCUUUCCUAGAGGAAUUCCUCCCUAAGGUUAAUGAAGUUCAGCACCUUAUAGGGAGAAUUUCCCUCUGUGUGGACGAAGUGAAGCUGAGACAUAGUACCAUCUCGACAGAAAUCAACCCACCGAAUUAUGUGAGAGAGGAACUUGAGCAGUUUAGCAAUGACAUCAAGCACACAGCUGAUGUAAUCAAAGUUAAACUAAAAGAUUUAGAAGGAAAAUUCUCAGAAUAUGAGAAUGCUAACAGCAGCUCUGUGUACCUUCGCAUCCAGACUACUCAGCACACAGUACUUUCACUGAGGUUUGCAGAAAUAAUGAAUAUGUACAAUCAAGAACUGCUAUCUUUCCGGACAAAGAGUAAAGAUCAUAUACAAAGACAGCUGGAAAUCAGUGGCCAGGUUGUCACUGAAGAGAAGACUGAGGUUUUGCUGCAAAGUAACAAUCCUGCUGUCUUUAUCUCAAAUAUCAACUCUGGCUCCUGCAUCACGGGGCAAGCACUGAAUGAGAUUGAGUUACGGCAUAAGGACAUUCUCUAUCUGGAGGCCAGCAUUCGAGAGCUGCAUAGCAUGUUUAUGGAUACAGCCAUGUUGGUCAAUAGUCAGGGUGAAAUGGCAAACAACAUAGCAAAGACUGUGAUGCAAGCUGGAACCUAUGUAGAUCAAGGGAAAGAGAACAUAGAAAAAGCUGUUGAUUACAAGAAGUCCUGGAGAAUAAGACUGCCUAUAUUCAAGAGCAAAGCAAAACCAGCAACCAGCAAGGGCUCUUGAAUAAAUCUGGAACUUUGGAAUGUAUGCUGCUUGCUUUUGAGUUCUAUGAAAAUGAGGGAUUCAUAGUCCUUGCCUUUUCUUUAAAAAUCCCAUUGACCUCUGGUGGAGACGCAGCUUUCUGACACUGGCCACUACGUUGCACCCCAAAAUUCUUUGGUAAUCAUCAGAUUUCAUGAUACCGUUCACACAGUCAAGGCAUCCAGUGCCAGAAGCAGCAAAGCAACCCCAAAACAUCUUUGAACCUCCACCAUGUUUGACUGUAGGGACUGUGUUCUUUUCUUUGAAGGCCUCAUUUCUUUUUCUGUAAAUAGUGCCAUGAUGUCCUUUACCAAAAAGCUCUACUUUUGUCUCAUCUGUCCACAGUACGUUCUCCCAGAAGGAUUGUGGUUUUGUCAAAAGUUUUGGUAAAGUCCAGUCUUGCUUUUUUUAUGCCUUUUUGUCAGCAGUGGUAUCCUCCUGGGUCUGCUACCAUAGCGUCCCUUUUCAUUCAGAUGGCGACGGAUAGUGCGAGCUGACACUGUUGUACCCUGUGUCUGCAGAUCAGCUUGAAUUUGUUAGAAUAAGUGCAGUGCAGUGUCACAGUACUUAUUCUAUGCCCUGUAUGUUUUGCUGAUCAGAUAAUUUUGAGCUGUCUGUGGGGUUUCCUCAGCCCAUUUACAAACAAACGGCUUUUAUUUGUUUCUGCUUAAAUGGUUAAUGAUUAAGCUUGCUCUCAGAUAGACAGCACAAGCAGGAUUUUUCUGACGCAAUAUGACAACAAUCAAGUGAGUGCCAAGAGGUAUCUUUACAUGGACUAAUGUCCUCAUUAGGAAUAUUCAUGCUAUAUACAUGCAAUACAUGCAAUUGGAUUAUUUCAGAGCUACACCACCCCUUUCAAUCCAAUCAAAAUUGUAUUCUUUUUUCUUUUUCUUAUUUUCAAUUUAAUGGCAGUUGGGAAGCAAACAUUUUGUGCAUUUCCUCCAAACUGAGCCAUCUGAUUAUAAAUGGAUUAUUUGGGUGCAUGUAAAUAUAGUGAAUAUAAAAACCCAAUUAGACUCUCUUAAAUUUCAUUUUUGUUUCUUGUAAUUACUUUUAUUAGUUAUGUGUAUUACUUGGCGACUUGCUUUUAUGUUACCCAUGGUUCAUCCAAAAAGGAAAAUUCUGUUAUCAUUUAUUCACCCUUAUGUUGUUCCAUACCAGUAAGACUUAGUUUUGUUUUUUUUUCUUCUUCUUCUGUGGAACGCACAUCAAAAAUGUCCCUUUAGCCUAUGUUUUUGUCCACACAGUGGGGUCCAAAACAGCAUUUAUAGUUAAUAUAUGGCAAAAAACAUUCUUCAAAAUAUCUUCUUAUGCAGAAGAAAUUAAGUCAAAAAGGCUAUUGAUGAGGAUGAGUAAACAGUGACUGAAUUUUCAUAUUGGGCGAACCAACCCAACCAAUGCAUCUGGAUUCAGAAUAUCUGAUUAUUGUUUAAAAAUACAAGUAAAUAAAUAAGUACAGCCACAUGUGUGACAUGUACAGUCACAGAAGGUUACUUUGCUACUUUUUCGUCAAAAUGUUUGUUUAUCAUGUUGUACAGUUUUAUUGUAAUCUAGAUAAUCUAAAAAACAAAAACAGUAAAACAGUAAGCCAAU